AUGUCUAUGAUAUGGGGCUGUGUUACGGACUUCUUCACCUACGAGACAACCAAGUCUGUGGUGGUGAAGAGCUGGUCUGUUGGAAUCAUCAACCGCGUUGUACAACUGCUCAUCAUCAUCUACUUCGUUUGGUCUGUACAAUCUGUUUUUGUGAAAAUGUUGACCUCUCUCUUUAUCAUCUUUCUUUCCCCCCUUAUUAUUUUCUUGCUUCUGAUCAUUCUAGAACUAUUGUUACUAAUCCUUCCUUCAUUAACCGUCCCUCUCCUGUCAUUUUCCACAACCUUCCCCUCCAUCUAUCUCUCUUUCUGUUUUUGUCAUUUAGUUGGGUAUUUUUACACGAAAAGGCAUACCAGGUGAAAGACUCUGGCAUCGAGUCUUCUGUCAUGACCAAAGUGAAGGGUUUCGGAUACCAUAACAACCGUGUGAUGGACGUGGCGGACUAUGUCGCCCCUACGCAGGUCUGUGACACCCAGACGCCUAACCUUGACUCCUUACCCUUGACCCUAAUCUAAAACAACGCUGAAGUUACACUGCAGUGCUAACAUAGUUACUGUACACAACUUGUAUAUUAUAACUGUACACUGUGUAAUAUACACUGAGUAUACCAAACAUUAGGAACACCUUCCUAACAUUUAGUUGUAACCGCCCCCCCCCCCCCCCCCUUUCCCCUCAGAACAGCCUCAAUUCGUCGGGGCAUGGAGUCUACAAGGUGUCGAAAGCGUUCCACAGGGAUGCUGGCCCAUGUUGACUCCAAUGCUUCCCACAGUUGUGUCAGGUUGACUGGAUGUCCUUUGGGUGGCGAACCAGUCUUGAUGCACAUGGGAAACUAUUGAGCGUGAAAAACCUAGCAGCGUUGCAGUUCUUGACACACUCAAACCAGUGUGCCUGGCACCUACUACCAUACCCCGUUCAAAGGCACUCACAUUUUUAGUUUUUCCCAUUCACCCUCUGAAUGGCACACAUAGACAAUCCAUGUCUCAAUUGUCUCAAGGCUUAAAAAUCCUUCUUUAACCUGUCUCCUCCCCUUCAUCUACACUGAUUUAAGUGGAUUUAACAAGUGACAUCAAUAAGGGAUCAUAGCUUUCACCUGGAUUCACCUGGUCAGUCUAUGUCAUGGAAAGAGCAGGUGUUCUUAAUGUUUUGUAUACUCAGUGUACAAAAUGUUGAUUACACGUUCAUGAAAUUAUUGCAGUAUGUACACACACAAAAACUCGCUCAGUCAGCAGAGGUGUGGUACACGAACAGUCUAUAGAUACUUGAUAUCAUGUAAUUGAGCAUUUCACUGUGGUGAUGUUAAACACUUAAAGGGAAGUGCUUUGUGUGAAGUGAUGAUGGGAAACUAAAUGAAGUCCUUUGGUUGGGUGGAAUAAGUGCCUGAGUGGCUCAUUAGAGUACAUUAGUUAGCAUUAGCCCAAGAAACGGGUUAAAUAGUAUGGCAAAAAACAGGUUGCUAAUGAUAACAAGAACAAAAAAAGACUAAGACGUUGGUUGAGGCUUUUAGAUGAUUUUAGCAGUAGGUCUGAUAGGUUGACUUGAUGAUGUUUAGGCUAAAGUGUUGGUUUGUAUUUGUUCUGACAGGGUGCCGCAGUGUUCUGCAUCAUCACCAAGCUCAUUGUCACAGAGAAACAGUUCGAAGGCUUCUGCCCUGAGGUGAGUCCGUUUCAGUCCAGUACACAUGUACCAUGUACCUACCUAUUCCAGCACUCUAUACCAUGUUUUUAACAAUAAAAUGUACUCUACUCUGCGAAGGCCCGGCCCUUACCACUAACAAAAGCUGAGGCACUUAAUAUUGGGUGGUGACAGAGCUUCUGGUCGAAGGGCAAUGCUACUAAUGUCUGUGUAUCUGUUCUUUGUGUGGUCAGAGUGAAAUGAAGUACAAUUGUGACACGGAUGAAGACUGUGACAAGCAUUUAGGGAGCUUCCUUGGAACGGUGAGGUCCCAACUCUUUUCCUCUUCUUCCAAAUAAGGACAGCUCGCGCUCAGCGCGCUCGGAGCGAGCGGCGCGCGCGUGACGCAGCUCGCACUAUUCACGAACACUCACCAUCAACAGCACGUACCACGACAAAGAACGUAAAUCAAAAACGCAAGCACAAACAAACGAAAGAGAGCUAAGAAAGAGAGCGGGAGGCGGAGAAGAGAGAGCGAGAGCGAGAGAGCGAGCGAAGCGAGAAGAGAAAGGAGAGAGCGAGAGAGAUCGAGAGAACAUAUAGAUAGGAGAGAGAAGAGACAGCGUAGACUGCGAAGGAGAGCGCUGACUUGUAUACAGUAGAGAUAGAGAUAGAGAAUAUAUCGCGCUCUAUCUCUUCGCUUCUCUGCUCUAUUUAUCCCUAUCUUCUGUCUAUAUCUAUCUCUCUCUCUCCUACUUCUCUCUCUUCUCUCUCUCUCUCUCUCUCUCUUCUCUCUCUCUCUCUCUCCUACACAGGAAUAAUAACUGGUGCCUGUGUGAACUCCUCUAAAGGAGGCCGCUGUGAGAUGGAGGGUUGGUGCCCUGCUGAGAAUGACAAAGUCAAAAUGUAAGACCUCUCUUUCAUUUUCUCUAUCUCUCUUUCUCUCUCUCUCAUAAAAAAGCUGCUUUAUAUAGACAAUUAGAUCAUGAACAUGUGACAUAUCAUGUUUACAACUUGUGCAUCCCACCUAACUCUUUCUUCUCUCUCUCCUUUCUCUCCCCUACCCUUUAUCAGGCAACCAAUGAUGGAGGUGGAAAACUUCACCAUCUUCAUCAAGAACAGUAUCCGCUUCCCUAUGUUCAACGUCACCAGGUGAGUCGCACACACUUCCCAUUUCUGGGGCUGUAUUGGGGAAGACCUUUAUGAUGUUGUGCUUGAGAAGAAGGGGUUUGGCUCUAUAACUCUAAUUUCUACCUUCCCUCUCUCUCCCACAGAGGGAACUUCCCAUCGUCCCUGAAUACAACUUAUAUCAAGAACUGUACAUAUGACCCGGAGCACAACCGCCACUGUCCAUUCUUCAAGGUGGGAGAUGUGCUGCGCUACACUGGACAGGAAUUCUCCACCAUCGCUCAGACAGUGAGACCCACUCCUCCCCUCUUCCCCCUCGCCAUCAUCCUCUCCUCUACCUCCAUCUCUCUCCCCCGAGGGUCUCCCAUCUUUCUUUUCUCUCCUCUCCCUCUCUCUCUAUUUUUCUGCUUUCUCAACCUCUCUCUUGCCCACUUCUCCCUCUCCAUUUUAGAUAUCUCCAGUCCCACAUGCUUGUCCCUACAUUUCCUCUUCCCUUCCUCACCUAUCCGCCCUUCUCUUCUCUUCUCUUCCCUCCCUCUUUCUCCCUCUAUCAGGGUGGAGAGAUUGGGAUCAAUAUUGAAUGGAAGUGUAAUCUGGAUGAGUCAGAAGAAAGAUGUGAACCACAUUACUCCUUUACGCGACUUGAUGCUGUGUUUCAAAAGAACGGCAUCUCUGAGGGAUACAACUUCAGGUACUGUAACCCCUUUCAGUUUAGUACCGUUCAAGAGACUCCCCCUCUUUCUUCCUCCUUCUCCCCAUCCUCUUUUGGGUACAUUUCCUCCACCCUUUUCUCCUCUCUGUUCUUCUUACCCCCCUCAUCCUCUCGUUUUAUUUAUAUGUUCAUUGACACUGUCUCCCCCUCUCUCACCAUCCACAGAUUUGCCAAAUAUUACAAAAUGGAGAAUGGGACGGACUUCCGCACUCUCCACAAGGCCUUCGCUAUCCGCUUUGACAUCCUGGUCACUGGCCUUGUGAGUGUGGAUUAGGGCGUGUGUACAUGUACCUGUUAUCUGUGUAUUAUAUGGGAUUCAUCUGUCUUUGUCCUUUCAGGCGAGGAAGUUCAACACAGUUCCUACUCUGAUCAACCUAGUGGCAGCCUUUACGUCUGUGGGACUGGUAAGGCUACUGUACUCAGACUGUAUGCUUUAAAAGGAGGCCAUGCAAUACGUUUUGAAUGUUACCACCAUUAACCCUAGAAUCGAGGCAAAUAUUUCAGGAUUUGUUCGGUCAUCUUGUGUAACUGUCUUUGUUCUGAUUUGCUGCAGGGUACAGUCCUCUGUGAUAUCAUCCUUCUGAACUUCCUGAAGGGGGCGGAUCAAUACAAGGCCAAGAAAUUUGAAAAGGUACUUUUUUAAUUGCUCAGAUAUAAGCAUAUUUUUUUGUGUUAUACGUCAUUUGUGUGUGGGAGAGAGAGAUGAAGAGCAUCUCGAGUCUGUCUUAUUUUCUUUCUCUCUCCCUCGGUUCCUCUCCCUCGGUUCCUCUCCCUCGGUUCCUCUCCCUAGGUUUCUGAGUCACAGAUACAGAUAUUACUCUCCCGAGAAGGUUGCAGCCAGCUAUCAAUCAAACCAGAGGAGAAGAUUUCAGACGACUCGGGAGCUGUCUCCCUCUACCUGGACCAGCAGCUUUGAGUGACAGUCCACUUCAACUAAUCGGCAGAGAGGAUUCCC